AUGGCAAUCCCCACAAUACUGGUGCAUGAAAAUGUGAAACUUAAAAGGUUGAAUGAAAAACUUUUGUAUCUUCUGAAUAAGUACAGGUACGCAUAUUUGAAGUCACUUGAACUUGUGAGUUUUUAUGAAGAGCUAAUCAAAAGGAAAUGCAAAGAAAACCAACAAGAGAAGGAACUUGUAGAGGGAAAAACUAGAAAACGGCAAUUGGAAGAUACUUGGAAGGAAGAACUCAUGAUAAGGAAGGAAUUAAAAAUCAAGACAAAAAGAAAAGAAACGUCUACUGAUUUAAUGUCAUGUGGUAUCGAUGGGGUUGCUACGGUAGGUGGUGCAGUUACGGUCUCUCCUGCGUUUCCCCAUGGUGACGACUGCCAAGGAAAGGGAGGGAAGUCGGUAGCGGAGAAGUUCGUAGGGGAGAAGUCCGCAGAGUCAAAGUCUGCAGAGUCAAAGUCUGCAGAGAAUCCCAUUGAUAAAGACCACGCUCAGCACACACUUGAUAACCCAGGGAAUGAGUCCAACAAAGACAGUACGAGCGAAAGAAAUAAAUCAAAUUACGUAAACCUCGGUGCACUAGAUUUCAGCGCAUAUAGAGAAGACUCUGAAGGUUACAUAAAAUAUUGUGAAAAGAAGAAAGCACCAACGAGCAAUGAAAAAACGAAUGUAGAAUCGAGUUGGAGUAAUCAAAUGAAACAGACGCAUCAAUCUGAGUUUAGGAAACGACCUCUUUUCAAUCAAUCCAUGUAUGGAGUGAAACACAGUGUAAUAAAAGCCUCUCAAAAUCGUCUUCUACCUUUUAACAAUAAAAGUGUGUAUGGAGAUAAUAAGUAUCCCAAAUUUCACGGAGCGAAAAAGGAAGAUAUGAUAACCAACAAGAGCGUAUAUAUUAGUAGUGGAAACCUGGGGGGAAGUUUAAUAAGCAGAAAUAUGGGAUUUCCCAGAAAAAUUGCAAAGAACGAAUUACACAAAAGUAGUUUAAUUUCUGCUUCCCAUAAACCAAUAACCAAUUUGAAUAAAAGUGUUUAUAUAGAAACAAAAGGGGGAUAUAACAGGAGCAGUAAUUUAAGUGAAGGGUUGGGUAGUACCAAUAGAGGAACACAUAUAAACAGGGAUAAUAUUAAAAAGAACGAGAACAUCAUGCCAUCAAAUAAAAAGGUUAACUUAUCUAACAUGUCAAAUAUAACGAACAUGGGAAUAAAUUUUCAAAAUAGUGUUUAUUCUAAGAGAAUGCACUCUUCCAGUUUUCUCGCUGGUGGUGGUACUAGUGGAAAUGGCUCUUCUAUUUCUUUUAACGGGGCUCUAAAUAAAAGUGUUUACAUUAGAAGUAACACAUCUAUGGGGAAUGAGAAAAAGAGGAAGACUAACGAAGUGAGAGAAGAUUACAAAAUUUGUUCGAUGAAUGACAGAGUUAAGGUUGUAGAAGAUGGGAAUUGCAAGUUAGACAGUCCACAGGCAGAUAGAGAAAUUUCCAAUAAUGCAAAUGAUUGUGUACUAGGGGAAAGAAAUAUGGAUGACAUGGAAGACGUGGAAAAGGAACAAAUAAAUAUGAGCACGACAACAGAUUUGAACUAUAUAUAUGCACCACUAACAUUAGAAAAUAUUGAAAAUUUAAUGGGUAACGAAAUUUACUGUGCAGAUUAUACUGUUAGUAGUAGUUCAUUAAGGAAUAAUCAAUUGGGGGAGAGAGAAAAGGUUGAUGGAAUUGAGGCAGUAUCAGUAGAAAAUGAUAAUAAAUAUGGAAAAGAAAAGAUGAAAGGAUGUCCACUUGAGACAGAAAAUUACUCAGCUAGGGAUGAAGAGCUGAGAAAAUACAAUGAAGAUGUUGUAUCUGAUAAGAAGGAAAUACUUCCAAAGUUUGUGCAGGAGGCGGAUAACAAAAGUUCAGUUUUUUUAAACAAGAUAAAUCCUGUUAUGGGAAGGAUAAAUGCUUGUAAUCUACAGGAAAUUAACAACCAACUGUGUGAAAAGAAUAUUCAAUCAAUGGAAGAGAACAUAGACAAAAAGAAUUGCUCUUUGAAUGAUAAGGUGGAAAUAGAGAGAAUCAUCUCUUCAGAUAAACACAUCGAUUCUUUAGAUAAAUAUCAAACAGAUGUAGGAAGUUCUGUUAAGGGUAGAACGGAUGGCAAUGGAGAUGAUCCAUAUAACGAGGGGUACAUCAAAAACGGGAAUGAAAAUUUUCCUAGUUAUAAAGAGGGAAACGAACAAAAGGAAAUAUUAAACGGUGUAAUGUGGGAGAAAGAGACAGACGAUUCUACUUUGAAAAAAGAAAGUGGUAAAUAUGUAAAGUUGACAACAGAAGAUGAUAUAAAAAAUAGUGUAAUUAAGAGGGAUAACAAAAGUGACAUAGGUGGUUUAAGUCAAAAAUUUGAUGAAAACAAAAGCAAAGAGGUAAAAAAGGAACGCAAUGAAAUCCCUGUAAAAUUUCAAAACAUCAUUUUAAGUAUAAAUGAUGAAAUUAAGAAGAAAUUACAAAGAGGAAAUGAAAAUAGCGACAGUUUUCAUAUUCCAAAAGGUAAUGAUAGAAAUGCAAAUGGAACUAUAUUUACGUCUAAUUUGUUGCCAUACCAGGAAAAGAGAGGCGAACAGGGAGGCGAAGCAGAAAUGAGCGUUAGUAAUAGCAGGGCGAAUUUACACAUAGAAAUGAGCACAGGUGUAAGAUAUAUUUCUCUUGACAUUAUCGACAUUGAUAGUGCCAUGAAUGAAGGUCUUUACAACUACAAAGAUGUAGAAGAAAGUUACAUUAAAAGUGAGACUAAUAUAAAAGAUAUAUCCAUAUAUGAUAAUAUACUGAAAAGGGGGGUACAAAAUAAGAAUAAUUUACCUUGUUAUAGUACAAAUGGUUGCUACAGUUCUGAUGUUGAAAAAGCAGAAGAAAUGUGUCUAUUUAAAUCCUCCCAAGAUGUUAAAAACGAUAUAGUGAAAGUUAUAGGAAUAUCCAUUUUUGAUUGCCUAAAUGAAGGACCAUUUAUGCCAUCAAUUUCGUUAAUAAAUGACGAGAAAUUAUCAUUGUGGUUCACAAAAAAGAUAAGAGAAAAGAGCAUGAAAAAAAAUGCCCUAGUAGAAUCUAAUUGUAGAAAUAAUAAUUUUUUUUUGAACAUAAAAAAUAAGAGAGUGAGCUGUAUGGGUUAUUUCACACAACCAGUUACCAUCAUGUUAUGCUCUUUAAAGCGACAAAAUGAAUAUAAAAGUUUAAAGAAAAUUAUAACAUCUGUUGUCCUUUGUACAUGUGAUUCUACUACCUUAGAAAAACUUUUACACACGAUACCGGAAUCGAACAGCAAAAAUUUUUCUCUCUGGGUAGAAGCUUUGCACAAAUUAGAUAUUCAUCUAGGUCCUAAAAGAAAAAGAAAUAUAAUUAAAAAGUUUUUACAAAUAACCAAGGAAGAGACAGCAGAUGGAAAUCAUGAUAGCAGCAAUGGUCCUUAUGAUGAGGAUUCUGAGUCUGAAGAAAAUGAAGAAGAUAAGGACACGACAGGGAGAAUAAAUAAGUAUGAUAAUUUCCAAUUAAAGACGUAUGCUUUUAUGAAAGGAAUGAAUACGUAUGAUGGUUAUCUAAAUGAUUCCUAUUCUUCAAAAGGAACAGAACAGCUAUACAAUGCAUCUACUCCUGUUUCUUCAGGAGAUAUUUUGUGUGCAGAGAAAAAGAAUGGAGAAGAUUUGCAAAUAUAUGAAGAUGAGGAAUUUUGUCUAUUUGUGUGCACCAUACCGAACAUUCACAAAAGAUUUCGAUAUUUGUUACUGAUAGAAAAUUUUAAUUUUAUAUAUGAAGAUCUAUUGAAAAAUAUUCAUAACAAACUAAGAAGUAUUGAGUUAAUAACCCAUAAACAUUUGCAGUUGAAGCAACUAUUUUGUAACAUUUUGUUUUUGUGUAACUGGUUAAAUGAGCCAAAAAUGUACAAAUGGUUUCAUUGGGAUCUGGUUGUUCGAAAGAUAGAAAAAGUUCACGGAUAUUUGGAAAAUGGAAAAAUAUCAAGGGAUAGAAGUAUAAUGCUCCUUCUCGUUGAACACACAGGGGAAAUUUUCAGUGAUAAGGAAUUGCAUGAAUUGAAAAAGAUAAGCGAAUUUCAUAUAAAGGACCUCUAUGAUAGGUCUAUUGAUUUUAUUAAUUCUUUUCUCGAGCUAAAUAGUGAAAUGGACACAGAUACGUUUGUGCGGAACUGUUGUGUUGGAUAUGCACAGGUUCUAGAAUCAGAGGAAGAUGCACAUGCAGAUGUAAAUGAGAUGGAGGGAAUAAACUCCAGAACAAACGCAGGAUCAGACUGUCCUGCUAGCGCGGACACUAUGGGUGACAAUAGCAGAGGGGAAAACUUCUUAAAAGACAAAUUUCUCGAAAAAGUACACGAAUUUGUAGAAAAUAAGUACGAAAGGAUGUUGUUAAUUAUUUCAAGGUUAGUGCUGCUAAUAAAGCAAUAUAUAGCACUUAUCAUAUGGUUAGGAGACAUUAGACCUUUCUAUCCCCUUUUUAGUUAUGUGGAUGAAACGAGAAAAGUGAAAUAUUCUCAAGAUUUAUUUGUAAAUUUUGUAUCCUUUUUCGAGUCCUACAAUAAAUAUAUUAGUAUUGUCAAAAAGAAUAGCGAAUUAGGUAAAAAUAAUGAGAGAAAAAAACAUUUAUUUCUAAAUGAUAAUACAAGUGAUUGUUUUUUGGGGUCAGAUUAUUAUUCUUCUACGCUGAAUGAUGGAAAUGUAAAAAUGGACAAAAAUAUGCAAGAUGCGAACUCUGUUAGGUAUGACAAUCGAAUCAGUAAAGGUGUUAAUAACAACACGUUGAAAAAAAAAUGUAACUAUGGUUUGGAUAUGAGUAAUGAUAACAAUGACUCUUCCAAAAUGUUAAAUACAGAAUUUAAAAAGAGAAAAUCACUAACGAAUACUGUAUAUUAUGCAUGUGAAGUUAAAAGAAAAAGUGUGGAAAAGGAAAGACGACGUAAAUCUAUUAAAAGGACAAGUUUUGAAAACACAUGUAAAGAGGAACUUCAUCUUUAUGACUAG